AUGACUGCCGAAAAGACGAAGCUGACCCGCCAGCAGAUGUGCGACCGAUUGGCCAUGGAGUUCCAGGACGGUUGGAUAGUGAACCUGGGCGUUGGGAUGCCCACACUAUGUUCCAACUACGUCGAUGACUCGAGGGAGAUUAUCAACCACUCGGAGAACGGCGUUGUCGGCUAUGGGCCGCUGGCCACCGAGGGGAACGAGGACCGGCACCUAGUGAACGCCGGUGGGCAGCAUGUGACGCCGAUGGCGGGCAUGGGCAUCGUGCACCACGCCGACUCGUUCAUGAUGAUCCGGGGCGGAAUGAUCGAUGUCACGGUGAUGGGGGCCUACGAGGUUGCCGAGAACGGCGACUUCGCCAACUGGCGCAUUCCCAAUCGCAAGGGCGGCGGCAUCGGGGGCGCGAUGGACCUGGCGGCCUGUGCCCAGCGGGUGUUCAUCGCGAUGGAGCACACCACCCGGGAGGGAGGGUCGCGGCUGCUGAAGCGCUGCAAGCUGCCGAUCACCGCCCCAGGCGUGGUCAAGAUGCUGGUGACCGACCUGGGCCUGUUCGGCAUCAGCCCGGAGGGCUUUGAGCUGCUGGAAAAUGCCCCCGGCUGGAACCCGGAGGAGAUACAGGAACUUACGGAGGCGAAGAUCAAGAUCUCGCCCGGCCUGAAGGAGUUCAGGUUCAGGGAUUAG